UGUUGAUUAUCUCUAUCCAUAAGUGUAGAGAAAAUGAGGAAAACUAGUUUUUUUUAUACACUAAUUCCUUCUUUCUUGGUCAAUUAUUUGGUACCAUCACUACAAUGAAUGCUUAUUACUGAGUAUUCAUGCAUUUCAUGUGGUCUCUCUCUUGACUUGAUAUAUCUUGCUGUUUUUCAGUUUAGUUGUAUUUCUCUGUAUUUCAUCUUCUGGUUUGUGCUAGUUCUUGCUGGUGUGUUACCUUUGAGUUUAGACUAUCUAUUUAGGGGUUACUUUCCCUGUGUUGUUGGGGGUGCUUUUUUGCACCUGUUUUGGAUAGUAGAUCUAUUUAGGCAAAUUAGGAUUUUCACCCAAAAUCAUGCCCCUAAACUUUUCAAACCGUUCAAAAUUUCUCCUGAACUAUUGAGAUUGAUGUUGGAUGACUCUUAUCCAAUUUUACUAACGGAAGCCUCACGUGGCAAGUUCCGGGAAUACCAUUUGUUAGAUGUCAAAGUUCAAAGUACAUGGACAAUCGUUCUGUUAGUAAAAUUGAACGGAAUUGGACAGAAGUCCUUGAGUUCAACAAUUUCAAUAGUAUUUGAGGGAAUUUUUAACGACAUGAAAAGUUCAGAUUGUGGAUGGAAUAGACUACAUGGAAUAAGAGGUGAUGAAAAGAAUUAGAGCUGGUUGAUUUCUUCCCUGCAUCAAAUUUGUAACAGAAGGUCAGUAAUGGCAUCUUCGGAGUUAAAUGAUGGUUCCAGCAAAAGGGUGGAGGAAGCCAAUGAUGAAGGAAACUUGAAGAAGCUAGAUUCUGGCGAGAUCAAGCGCAGUGAUAGUGAGAAGAAGAAGAAGAAGAAUAGUAAAAGAGUUUCUUAUAAGAUGCCAAAGCUUGCGUGUUUCGGUAUAAAAUCUGAAUCAGAUGGGAAAGGGAAUUUCGAAAUGGAGGUUGAAGACGAGUUUCGAAGAAGGAAUCCUACUCACUUGGUCAUAAUGGUAAAUGGUCUUAUUGGCAGUGCUCAGGAUUGGAAGUUUGCUGCUACACAGUUAUUGAAAAAGUACCCAGAUGAUAUUGUUGUUCACUGCAGUGAAUCCAAUUCUUCUAGGUUGACAUUUGAUGGUGUUGAUGUAAUGGGAGAGAGAUUGGCAGAAGAGGUUAAGUCUAUGGUAAAGUGCCACCCAAGUGCUCAAAAGAUUUCAUUUAUUGCCCAUUCAUUAGGUGGCCUGGUAGCAAGAUAUGCCAUUGCUGAGCUUUAUGAACAAGAUAUCACAAUAGAACCAUCUCGGGUAAAUGGAGAUUGUAGAGAAGCUAAAUUCAAAGGCAAAAUUGCUGGAUUGGAGCCUAUUAAUUUCAUAACCUCUGCAACUCCUCACCUUGGUACAUGGGGGCAUAAACAAGUUCCAGUUUUUUGUGGCCUUUACACUAUGGAAAAAGUAGCAGCUAGGACAUCUUGGUUUCUUGGUAAAAGUGGUAAACAUUUGUUUCUAACUGACGGUGGGAAUGAGAAACCUCCCCUUCUUCUUCAGAUGGCAAGUGACACUGAAGAUCUUAAAUUUAUUUCAGCAUUGCGUUCCUUUAGGCGUCGUGUUGCCUAUGCAAAUGCGCGUUUUGAUCACCUUGUUGGUUGGAGUACAUCUUCUCUAAGGCGUAGAAAUGAACUCCCACAGCUCAAAAAGCUGUCACGAGACAGCAAAUAUCCCCAUAUUGUUAAUGUGGAGACAGCAAGAACUGCCAGUCCUGAGAAUGAAGUACCAACUGAGCUGAAAGUAGUUAAUGGAGGGGAAAAUGUUAACAUGGAAGAGGAAAUGUUAAAGGGUUUGACAAGACUGAGCUGGGAAAGAAUUGAUGUGAGCUUUAGUGGGAGUAGACAAAGAUUUCUUGCGCACAAUACCAUUCAGGUGAAAGGAUCGUGGAUGAAUUCCGAUGGAGCUGAUGUGAUCCAGCACAUGGUUGACAAUUUUCUCUUGUAAGCAGCUGUUGUUACGCGUUGUCACAAUGGUCAAGUUAGGGGAUUUGCUACUAAAUCAAAAUUCAGCAUUUUGCUGGUGACAUCCAUUUAAAGCAGAAGGUGAAGCUUGGUGUGGCGGUUCUUGUUAUUCAUAUUAAAGACAUGAACCUUCCUAUGCCAGACUUAGAUGGUUCAGAGAGAUCUAUAGGGAUGAAUAUGAAAAUGGGUAUGUAUGUAUUUGUACCCUCUGUCAUUCUAUUUUUAUGUACUACACACAUACAAUUCAUUAGAUUGCAGAGAAAGGACAAAACAACUGAAAUUUGUUUUGUCCUUUCAACUAUAAGACUAAUAAAUGUUGUGAUGUAAUUUUUAUAAGUUAAUUUAUACAUUCAAGUAAACAUGUCUUGUAAAAACUUAUAACAAAUCAUUCUGAAUAGACGAUUUCAUUGUUCCAAAAUAA